AUGAUAAAUGACCAUGAAUCAGUAAUUGAUGUUGGAUCUGAUGAUGAAAGAGAAAACUUUGAAGAUGAAGAAGAUACAACAACAGUUUAUUCAAGUGAUCCUUUAUCAAGACCUACAAUGGAUAGAUCAUUAGCAGCUAAAAUGUAUAUUGAACAAUAUUAUAUAAAUGCUCAACAAUCUGUAAAAGAAAGAGGUCAAAGAAGAAAAGAUUUAGAAUUAAAAUUAGAAAAUAUGAAAUUAUCAUCAAAAGAAUCAAAUGAUCUAAGAAAAGAAUUGGAUAAGAAAGAAUCUGAUUAUAUGAGAAUAAAGAGAUUAAAAUUGAAGAGAUCGGAUUUUGAAGUUAUUAGGAUCAUUGGUAGGGGUGCAUUUGGGGAGGUUAGUUUGGUACGUCAUAGGGAAUCGAAUGAUUUGUAUGCAAUGAAGAGAUUAAAGAAAUCAGAGAUGUUAAAGAAGGAGCAAGCAGCACAUGUUAGGGCUGAACGUGACGUAUUGGCAAGUGCAAACACUAAUUGGGUGGUGAAACUCUACUAUUCGUUCCAAGAUGACAAUUACUUGUACUUGAUUAUGGAGUAUCUCCCCGGCGGCGAUAUGAUGUCCCUUUUGAUAAAGUAUGACAUUUUCACAGAGAAUCAAGCACGUUUCUACAUAGCAGAGACUAUUUUAGCCAUUGAGUCUGUGCACACAUUGGGUUACAUUCAUCGUGAUAUUAAACCCGAUAAUCUAUUGCUAGACUCAAAGGGACAUGUGAAGCUUUGCGAUCUCGGCUUGUGCACUGGUUUCCAUCGUUUGCAUUCCUCAGAAUUCUAUCAAAUGUUGGUGGGCGAUGCCAUGACAAUCAAGAUGAAGCUCAUCGAAGCAACACCCUUGACCCAGACUGAGAGAAUCGCAUCUUGGAAGAAGGCAAGAAGGGCCUUGGCCUACAGUGCUGUCGGCACCCCUGACUAUACCGCUCCAGAGGUGUUCCUACAAAUUGGGUAUAAUAAAGAGGUGGAUUGGUGGUCACUUGGUGUCAUACUCUAUGAGAUGGUUGUGGGUCAUCCACCAUUUCUAUCGGAUAACACCACUGAGACUUGUUUAAAGAUUCUCAAUUGUAAAGAAACACUUCAAAUUCCAACCGAUAUGGGUCUUUCAAAAGAAGUGAUUGAUCUCAUCAAAAGAUUGGUUUGUGAGAAGGAUCGUUACAAAUCUGCUGAUGAAAUUAAAUUACAUCCAUUCUUUAAAGGUGUGAAUUGGGAUAACAUUAGAAAUCAAUCAGCACCAUUCGUUCCAGAAUUAAAAAGUCCAACUGAUACUUCAAAUUUUGAUAUUUAUGAAGAAAUUCCAAAUGAUAUCGAUGAUGAUGAUAAUAACAAUAAUAAUAAUAGUAAUAACAAUAUAAAUUUAAAUGAUAAUAUAAAUUCAAACUGUACAUAUACAACUCCAACUAAAAAAUCAAAUAUUAUGGGUAAAGGUAAUAUAAAAGAUAAAGAUUUAGCCUUUAUUGGUUUCACUUUUAAAGGUUUUGACGCUGUAAAUAAAAGUCCAACAAAUAGAAGAAAUGUUGAGUCAAUUUUUAAUACGAAUAAUUCAACAACUACUUCAACAACAAAAUAA